UUAUGGUGCAUUGCAACAAAAGAGGUUCAGAAGCUCUACUUGGAGAUUGUUCACAUAUAUUUAAGUAUGAACAAGGUGGAGCAGCACAUCUGGGAGGUGUCCUAUUAUCGACUCUGCGGAAUAAACCAGAUGGCACAUUUGACCUUAAAGAGAUGGAGAGCCGCAUCCGAGGAUUUGAUAUUCACGAGCCUGUCACCAACUUGGUUGCUGUUGAAAAUACCCAUAAUUACUGUGGUGGAAAGGUCUUACCAAUGACGUGGCUGGACGAGCUCGCAGACUUGUGCAAGAAACACUCCAUCCCGAUUCAUAUGGACGGAGCUCGCCUCUUCAACGCUUGCGAAUACCUAGGAGAGAAACCUAGCAAUGUAGUCAAGCACUGCGCUAGUGUCUCAGUAUGUUUUAGUAAAGGAUUGUGCGCGCCGGCCGGUUCGGCCUUAGCGGGAUCUUAUCAUUUUAUAGAACAAGCGCGUCGCUUGCGCCGAAUGCUAGGCGGCGCCAUGCGGCAGGUCGGCGUGCUGGCCGCACCGGCUCUCGUGGCCCUCGACGAAAUCGUGCCGCUGUUGGGGUUCGAUCACAAGCGCGCGUUUAGGCUCGCCAAAGUAAUCGAGGGCCUGUUCCUCGACUCAUUCGCCGUGGACGUGGAAAACCUACAUACCAACAUUGUGCUGGUCAGGAUAUCCGAGAACAGCCCGUUGACAUCCGAAGUAGUGCUGCAGAGACUGAUGGAAGUUUGUCAGAGUGAAACAAUGAACGAUUGCAAAACGGAAAACAACGAUGGUGUGAUUGUGAGAGGUACCCAUUUUAAUGACAAAACGCUUAGAUUCAUUUUGCACCACGACAUUACUGACGAGGAUCUCUGGCUUGCCAUUAUGAAGAUCACGUACGUUUUCAAGGAGUUAGACAAAAACAAACAAGCAGCAAAGAAAAACCAAAUAAUUUAAGGACAACAAGCAAAAUAUCUAAUUACAUAAUGUAACGAUUUUUUUCUGGGUUAGCAAUAUCAUUUACUAAUCGGUUCUAUCAAUGAAAACAUUAAAAACUUAAAUAUUGAUUGUAACGAAUAUCAUGUUUUACUACAUUUAUGAAAUUACUUCGUUAUGAAAAAUUCCUUUGAUCUGACAGGAUCUGCGUCUUUAUUCAAAUAGUUUUCGCUUCACAGAACUAGAGCCUUUUUAUCAGCCACUAAUUUCACGAAUGACUAACGGUCGUU